AGAUAGAUAGACAGAUAGAUAGAUUAAUUUAUUGGUCCAUUGACUGAUAGAAAAGCAAGAGAGAGAGAGAGGGAUGACAUAUUACUAACAUGAUACAUAUCUUUCAAUGGCUUGAAACACCAACAAAUACUGUUUUCUUGUUCCGCACCAAGGGAGGACAUGGAGAUGUCUUUGAUCUUCUUCUUCUCUCUGCUUGCAUGUGCUCAUUCUGUGGAGUCUGUGAUCGAGGUGACUGAAUAUGAAGGUAGAUCAGCAGUGAUCAGAUGCCCCUAUGAAAAAAGAUAUGAAGGAAACUCCAAGUACCUCUGCAAAUGGUUGUGUCCUCGCAUUGUAGGUAAAGACAUUCCAAUCAGGACUGAAGCAGGUCAGACCAAAGCAAUCAAUGGAAGGUUCUCUCUGCAUGAUGACACCACUGCUGGAGCCUUCACUGUGACCAUCACUGGGCUGACUGAAGGGGAUUCCGGGAAAUACUGGUGUGGAGUUAGCACAGGAUUUGGAUACACUGAUGUGUUUACUGAAGUGGAGUUAAAUGUUAUAAAAGCUCGCCCUCCCACCCCAAUCUCAACACUUGUGCCCUCAUCGUCAUCAUCAUCUUCAUUUUCAACUCCAACUUUCAACACCUCCCAGUCUGGAAUCAUCAAGAAGACACCCAUCAGCGCAGACCAAUCAACUGCUGCUGAGCCUCAGGAGGAGCCAGAGGACUCUGCCGUCAUGGUGAUUCUGUGUGUGCUGGUGCUGCUGGUAAUGGUGUGUGGGUUAGUUUCAGCCCUCUACUACAGACAGAGGAGGAGGAAGCAGACAGCAGUAUCCAGCCUUCACAACAGCAAUCAUGCAGAGGAGCCUAAUGAUUACGAAAUGUCUGAUGAGCUGGGCAGCAUUCCGGUGGCCAGGGGGUCGGUCAGCAGCGUCUACUGCCUUGCAGGUGCACCUCAACGACCCUCAGUGAUCUCACUGUACUCCACUGUUAAGCCAGUCACACAAGGCUCAGACCAGCCCAUCUACUGCAACUCCCAUUAAGACAAUGUCACCUACUCCAAUGACAUUUAAAGUGAAGAAACUACAUCCCCCACAAUGCACUAUUCAUAUAGUUCAACUCUUAGAAGACUGCUGACACAAAGUUUGUCAAAUAAAACACACCCACUCGUUCAUGUUUAAUUGCUCCGGAACUAUAGCCUGAACAGCCAGACCCACAUCAAGAUAUAGGGCCUGGGAAACUCACCGUAGUCAGUGAUCAAUCGGAGGGGUGGGAUAAACAGUUGUCUUUCAAGUUCUCUCUCCACGCAAUAGGAUAGCACAAAACAAAUCAUCUUCAUGUUUUCAAGUAGCAGGAUGCUUAAUGGUCGCAACUUCUGGUCGCAUGUCAGUCAUCAUUAUGUUAAGCCCGCUCAUGCGAUUGGUUCAUGGUUUCUGCCCGAGCUCAGCUCCCAAGUCAAACGUAGAGUUUCUAGACUACCCGUAGGGGCAUCUAGAUUUCUAGGCUACUGAAAAUAGCGAAAGGAAGAGCAGAAGUGGGGCUUUCCAAUGAGACUGUAUGAUCAAGUGUUUAAAUUGGAAAAAAGAAAUCAUGAAAUUAAAUUCAGUUGUAUCAUA